ACUUCUCUUAUUUUCUCUCUCCUCUUUUUAAAAGAAGUUUCAUAACGGUUCACCCAAAAUGAUGAUCCGCUACACCUCCGGUGUUCUGUUAGUGUUAUGCGUUUUGAUGAGCUCGGUCGUUGAUAGCCGUCUGAUGGUGGAUAACCUCAUCAGAUGGCCGUCUGAUCAUCCUUCUAUCUUUGAGAGCGAUGAUGAUUCAGUAGGGACUAGAUGGGCAGUUCUGAUUGCCGGAUCUAGUGGCUACUGGAAUUACAGGCAUCAGGCAGAUGUUUGUCAUGCUUACCAAGUGCUAAAAAAAGGAGGUCUAAAGGAUGAAAACAUCAUCGUAUUCAUGUAUGAUGACAUUGCUUAUGACGAAGAGAAUCCAAGACCUGGAGUUCUCAUUAAUAGUCCUUAUGGACAUGAUGUCUAUGCAGGAGUACCAAAGGAUUAUACAGGGGAAGAUGUGACUGUCAAGAACUUUUUCGCAGCUAUACUUGGAAACAAAGAUGCCAUUACUGGUGGCAGCGGGAAGGUGGUGAAUAGCGGACCUAAUGAUCACAUCUUCAUCUUCUACUCAGACCAUGGUGGUGCUGGUGUGCUCGGUAUGCCUACCUAUCCAUACCUUUACGCUGAUGAGCUCAUUGAAACUUUGAAGGAAAAACAUGCGUCUGGAACCUAUAAAAGCCUGGUAGUCUAUAUUGAAGCCUGUGAAUCUGGGAGCAUCUUUGAGGGUAUUCUUCCUGAAGGACUUAAUAUAUAUGCUACCACUGCUUCAAAUGCUGUAGAGAGUAGUUGGGGAACCUAUUGUCCUGGACAGGAUCCUAAUGUUCCUCCAGAGUAUGAUACCUGUUUGGGUGAUUUGUACAGCGUGUCUUGGAUCGAAGAUAGUGAGAGGCACAACUUGCACACGGAAUCUUUGAAGCAGCAAUACGAAGUGGUUAAGACGAAGACAGCAGAAAAGCCUUUCUACGGCUCACAUGUCAUGCAGUAUGGUGAUAAAGAGCUUACGCAGGACAUGCUUUACUUGUACAUGGGUACAAAUCCUAAUAAUGAAAAUUACACAUAUGUGGAUGAUAAUUCGUUGCAUCCUACAUCUUCUAAUGCUGUUAAUCAACGAGAUGCCGAUCUUAUCCAUUUCUGGAACAAGUUUCGCAAGGCUUCUGAAGGAUCUCAAAGAAAGAUAAAUGCCCAGAAGCAGUUUAUGGAGGUGAUGUCACACAGAGUGCACUUGGAUGACAGCAUCAAACUCAUUGGAAAGCUUCUAUUUGGAAUCGAGAAGGGCUUAGGUGUGCUACAAACUGUCCGACCUACAGGACAACCCCUCGUCGAUGACUGGAACUGCCUGAAAACAUUGGUAAGGACAUUUGAAAAGCAUUGUGGAUCUCUAUCUCAAUACGGAAUGAAGCACAUGCGUUCGAUUGCAAACAUAUGCAAUGCCGGGAUCACAACUAAUCAAAUGGCAGAGGCUUCAGCACAAGCUUGCCCGAGCUUUCCUUCUGGCCCUUGGAGCUCUCUGCAUAGGGGAUUUAGCGCCUGAUGUGAUUGAUGCUGAUUGCUGAUCAUGCUGUUACAUAGACACAUAGUACAUACAUGUUUCUUGUAAAAUUGGUCCUUAGUUCUAUGAUUAUGCGUUGUUAUGUUUAUUAGGUUUUGCAGUUCUUGUAAAUAUGGAUCCCCUGUAAGUAAAGAUGCAUACUAAAUUCCCAUGUAAUGGAUAUUUAUGCAAGAGAAGUGGUUAAAGCCUAGGAUGCUUCUAAUAUCUGAAGACUGAAGGAUUUGCUUUUC